CAAAAUCAUGAAGCCUCAGUGACCCGGAUUAAAACUUGAAGGGUCUUGCUUGGAGCAUUGGAUAAACGAAUUAUAGAUUUUAUUAUUGAAAUACAUUGGAAAACACGGCACAGAGAUAUGAUCCGAAGAGGAAAGUAAGCAAGCAAAGGUCUCUCUCUCGAUGGGUUGCAAUCAAUCGAAGAUCGAGAACGAGGAAGCGGUGGCGCGAUGCAAGGAGCGGAAGCGCUUCAUGAAGGACUCAGUAUCCUCCCGCAACGCCUUCGCCGCCGCCCACUCCGCCUACGCCACCUGCCUGAAGAACACCGGCGCCGCCCUCGGCGACUUCGCCCACGGCGAAGUCCAAAACCCUCAAUUUCACUCAAACGACAACAACACCAGCAGCUCCUCCUCCUACGUGACGGCGGCACAGCCCUUCGAAAUUCCUCUCCCGCCGCCCCCUCUCCCCGAUUUCUCCCCCGCCCCACCUCUCCAGCGGGCCGCCAGCAUGCCCGAGAUCAAGAUCAACAAUCCCGACUCCAGGCCCAGGCCCGAGCCCGUCACCACAAUCGUCGAAGAGGACGAUGAGGAAGACAAGGAGUUAGAAAACGAAGGGUCUUUAAGGAUGAGAAGAAGCAACAGAGUUAAUAGUAAUAGAAGGGUGUCAGAAGAAGAAGUGCAAGAGCCUCGUCCUCCUAUGCCUCCUCCUCCUUCCAAACAACCUGAUCACGCGACACAUCAUCACCACCACUCCAUGGCGCCGGACACUCAAAGUGGUGCUUGGGAGUACUUCUUCCCUUCCAUGGAGAACAUUGCCGGGACCAGCCUCAAUGCCGCUGAAGAAGAUGCUGUCCAUAAAGUGCACGAUAUUGAGAGGAAGGUGUUUGAGGAAAAGCCCAGCAGGGUUGUCCUUGAGGAGGAGGAUGAGGUUGUCACACCUGUCAGGAAGGUUGAGGUUCCUGAGCCUGUACCUGAGCCCAUGCCCCAGCCCGAGCCUGUGAAUGUGCCGGAGGAAAUGAUGGAGACGCCGGUGUCGAUGAAGAUGAAGCAGACGCCCAGUUCUGUGGAGGGGAAGAGGAUUGUGCAACGUUCUGGGAAUCUGCUGCAGAUAUUUGCUGACCUCGAUGAUCAUUUUCUCAAGGCUUCUGAGGCUGCUCAUGAGGUUUCAAAGAUGCUUGAGGCCACACGAUUGCACUAUCACUCCAAUUUUGCGGAUAAUAGAGGGCACAUCGAUCACUCUGCACGGGUCAUGCGAGUUAUUACAUGGAACCGAUCCUUUAAGGGAAUACCUAAUUUAGAUGAUGGGAAGGAUGAUUUUGACUCGGAUGAGCAUGAGACGCAUGCCACCAUCUUGGACAAGUUGUUAGCGUGGGAGAAGAAACUCUACGAUGAAGUUAAGGCUGGUGAACUAAUGAAAUUUGAGUACCAAAGAAAAGUUGCCGCACUUAAUAAGCUGAAGAAAAGAGGCACCAACUCUGAAGCAUUGGAGAAAGCAAAAGCAGUUGUCAGUCAUUUGCAUACAAGAUACAUUGUAGAUAUGCAAUCCUUGGAUUCAACAGUCUCCGAGAUUAACCGAUUACGUGAUGAACAGUUGUAUCCAAGACUUGUUCAGCUUGUUGAUGGGAUGGCCACUAUGUGGAAAACCAUGCUAGAGCACCAUGUGAAGCAAUCAGAGACUGUGACAUUGCUGAGAAAUUUAGACAUUUCCCAGUCUCCUAAGACAACUAGCGAACACCAUUAUGACCGAACAUACCAGCUAUUUCUUGUUGUGCAACAAUGGCAUUCACACUUUGAGAAUCUUGUCAACCAUCAAAAGGGAUACAUAAAGGCACUAAACACUUGGUUAAAAUUAAACAUUAUCCCUAUUGAAAGCAGUUUGAAGGAAAAGGUUUCUUCGCCUCCAAGAGUUAGAAGCCCACCCAUACAAGGCCUUCUCUAUGCAUGGAAUGACCGUCUUGAUAAGCUUCCUGAUGAGCUUGCUAGGACAGCUAUAGGAAACUUUGUUGCUGUGAUAGAGACUAUUUACCAUCAGCAACAAGAAGAAAUAGCUUUGAAGAGGAAAUGUGAGGAUACACGAAAGGAGCUAUCCCGCAAAACCAGACAAUUUGAAGAUUGGUAUAACAAGUAUAUGCAAAAGAAAAUACCAGAUGAAUACAAUCCAGAUAGGGCAGAAGACGCUAAUGCUCCUGAUGAAGUUGUUACGAGGCAGUCUGCAGUUGAACAAGUGAAGAAGAGAUUGGAAGAUGAGGAAGAAGCCUAUGCAAGGCAAUGCCUCCAAGUGAGGCAAAAAACUCUGGUAAGUCUCAAAAAUCGUAUGCCAGAGCUCUUUAGGGCUAUGUCGGAUUUUUCUCUUGAAUGUUCCAGAAUGUACAGUGAAUUAAGGCCAAUAUCACAGAACCUAGGCCAGAGCUUAUCAUGAGUUGGGUUGCGCUUAUUUUAUUUUUUCAGUUAUUUUUUCUGGGUAAAAUAUAUUUAUCUUGGUUGUGUUAUAUGAUAUGAUAUUACACUUAAGAUCUCUUGAUUGGGGAUGAGUCCUGAAGAUUGCAUUUGACAGUGUUAAAUAAACAGUAUUUGAAUUUUCAAAUUAUUGCAGAGAAUGCAGUUGAAUGGAUUCAUGCCCUUUGAUAAACGUUUCAUGUAUGUUUUGUUCAGUUGUAAUUAAUGUAAAUCUCCUCAAACCGUUUCAAGA